GCUGCCCACGGCACUUCGCCUUCGGCCCUCGCCGCGGCCAGAGGGAUCUAUUUCAUGGGGAUGUGUUCACGGCAAGAGCGCAUUCAGAAGGAUAUCGACGUCGUGAUCCAGAAGUCCAGAGCCGAGAAAGACUGCCUGUUCGCAGAUUUCAGAUACUCAGACUCCACCUUUACUUUCACCUACGUUGGCGGCCCCAAAAGUGUAUCCUACUCAGUGCAUGUUUCUGAAGAUUACCCAGACAAUACCUAUGUGUCAAGUUCAGAAAACGAUGAAGAUGUACUCGUUACUACAGAGCCAAUUCCUGUAAUUUUUCAUAAAAUAGCCACAGAAUUAAGAAAAACAAAUGAUACUAACUGCUGUUUAUCCAUAAAGGCCAAAUUACAAAAGGAAAAUGGAGAGGAAUCAAGACAGAAUAGUACAGUGGAGGAAGAUUCUGAAGGUGACAAUGAUUCUGAAGAAUUUUAUUAUGGAGGACAGGUGAACUAUGAUGGGGAACUGCAUAAGCAUCCGCAGCUGGAAGCUGAUCUGUUGGCAGUGAGAGAGAUUUAUGGGCCACAUGCAGUUUCUCUCAGGGAAUACGGAGCUAUUGAUGAUGUAGACAUUGAUCUGCACAUUGAUGUCAGCUUUCUCGAUGAGGAGAUUGCUGUGGCCUGGGAAGUAAUUCGUACCGAACCUAUAAUUGUCCGACUGCACUGUUCCCUUACACAGUACUUAAAUGGCCCAGUGCCCACUGUUGAUGUCUUUCAGAUUUCCACAAAAGAGCGAUUUGGCUUGGGACAUCAGCUGAAAAAAAUCAUGCAGACAUUUGUUACACAGCAGUGGAAACAGAGCAAGGAGAAGUCCAACUGUCUGCACAAUAAGAAGCUGUCAGAGAAGAAAGUGAAGUCUCCCCUGCAUUUAUUUUCCACCUUGCGCAGGUCGCCAAGUUAUCCUCCCCCAGGCUGUGGCAAAAGCAAAUCCAAACUGAAAUCCGAGCAAGAUGGAAUCUCCAAAACACAUAAGCUGCUUCGGAGGACUUGCUCCAGCACUGUCAAGGCCGAGGACAUGUGCCCUGGGAAGUCACACAGGACUUUUGGUCGCUCCCUUUCCAGCGAUCCAAGGGCUGAGCAGGCCAUGACAACUAUUAAAUCGCACAAACUCUUGAACCGUUCUUGCCCUGCAGCUGUGAAGCAAGAGGACUGCCUGACCCUGAAGCCGCAUAAAUUAUUGACUCGACCUUGUUCUGGAGACCCUCGGUGCGAGCACAGUACCAACUUGAAGCCCCACAAACUGUUAAGCAGGUCUUACUCCAGUAGUCUCAGAAUGGAAGAGUUGUACGGGCUGAAAAAUCACAAGCUGCUCAGCAAGUCUUACUCGAGUGCUCCCAAGUCAUCCAAAGCUGAGCUCUUCAAGGAACCUAAUGCAGAGGGCAGGAGGCUCUCUCUUACCUCAGGGCUAAUUGGUAUCUUAACACCAUCUUCAUCUUCAUCAUCUUCCCAGCCUGCUCCAAAUGGUGCAAAAUGCAUUCCAACACGAGACCGCGGCUUCCUGGUGCAGACGAUAGAGUUUGCUGAACAGCGGAUCCCUGUGCUGAAUGAAUACUGUGUGGUUUGUGAUGAGCCACACGUGUUUCAAAAUGGCCCCAUGCUUAGGCCUACAGUGUGUGAACGAGAGCUGUGUGUAUUUGCUUUCCAAACCCUGGGAGUAAUGAAUGAGGCUGCUGAUGAGAUAGCAACUGGAGCUCAGGUGGUAGAUCUCCUAGUAUCUAUGUGUAGAUCUGCAUUGGAAUCUCCUAGAAAAGUUGUCAUUUUUGAGCCAUAUCCUUCUGUGGUAGACCCCAAUGAUCCUCAGAUGUUGGCCUUCAACCCCAGGAAAAAGAACUACGAUCGAGUAAUGAAAGCACUAGAUAGCAUAACUUCCAUCAGAGAAAUGACACAAGCGCCGUAUCUGGAAAUCAAGAAGCAGAUGGAUAAACAGGACCCCCUUGCUCAUCCCUUACUGCAAUGGGUUAUUUCAAGUAAUAGGUCACAUAUUGUGAAACUGCCAGUUAACAGGCAAUUGAAAUUUAUGCAUACUCCGCAUCAGUUCCUCCUCCUCAGCAGUCCACCAGCCAAAGAAUCGAACUUCAGAGCCGCUAAAAAACUCUUUGGAAGCACCUUUGCGUUUCACGGCUCACACAUUGAAAACUGGCACUCCAUCUUGAGGAAUGGUUUGGUUGUUGCCUCUAAUACACGUCUUCAGCUCCAUGGUGCAAUGUACGGAAGUGGGAUCUAUCUUAGUCCAAUGUCAAGCAUAUCAUUUGGUUACUCAGGGAUGAACAAGAAGCAGAAGGUGUCAGCCAAGGACGAGCCAGCUUCGAGCAGUAAAAGCAGCAAUGCAUCACAGUCACAGAAAAAAGGACAACAAUCCCAAUUCCUACAAAGUCGUAACUUGAAAUGCAUCGCCUUAUGUGAAGUGAUCACCUCGCCUGACCUGCACAAACAUGGAGAGAUAUGGGUUGUCCCAAACACAGAUCAUGUCUGCACACGAUUCUUUUUUGUCUAUGAAGAUGGCCAAGUGGGAGAUGCAAAUAUUAACACACAAGAAGGAGGCAUUCACAGAGAGAUCCUCCGCGUAAUUGGUAAUCAGACCGCCACUGGCUAAAGGACCACCAUGUAAUUAACAGGAUGGAAAGCCUUCCUCGGGUUCAAAGCUGGAUUUUGAACUGAAGAAGAUGAUAAAAAUAAGUUAUUGUUAUUAUAAACAAAACUUACCCUUUGAAUACUGAUUUUUCUUAGUAUUUCUAAGUAUCUCAUUAUAUACCUAAAAAAGGUAUACAAUUUCUUGAUUGUAGGCUUAUGGGAUCUAGAAAUAAAAUUAAAGCAGCACUUAAAUUGAAGUUUCAGUUGCAUACACAAAUAAACAGAUUGAAAAAAC